AUGCCGGGGCAGCCCGGAACAGUGCCGGGUAUUCCGGUGCCACAAACCGCUGUUCCACCGGUCCGGCCGCUGCCUUCACCCUCGAAGGAAGAGCAGCCGCAAAGUGAGGUCGUGGCAAGCACGUCCUACCCGAACGAGGCUGCGGACUAUUUUGGUGAGCUCUUCGCACAUCGCCUUCGAUGGGCGCAUGCUGUCAACAGCCAGCGAAUGCUCAGCACGGCCUUAGUUUCCAAUUCUCACUUCCUGGAGGCGGACGUUUCUGCAGGACCACUCGUAGAACAGAAGCCGGACUUGGCUAAAGGUGCAGGUGGUUCGGGUGGCUCGCGGGUCGCUGUCACGGAGACGUCCGUGAUGACUUCUGCAGGUUUGCCGGUCAUCAUGGCCCACUAUCCCACACAGCGCUCGAGUGACCUCUGUUUUGAGCUCUUUAUCGGGGCGGUGUUGAAGCACAAUGCCCAGAUAGAUGGGGAGGAGGACGAGCCCGCCGAGGCCAGCACCGAAAUCCCAGAAGACCCCUCGCAAGAGGAUGCCGAGGACCAGGGCCCAGUGCGACGCCCUCAGCGGUCGCCAUUUUCGGCGCCUGUCCUGCACGAUCAUUUGCUCGAGGACGCCCCCGAAAGGAGCUCGAGCACCACGGCCCUGGAGGCUUCCAGCUUAGUGCGACACGGCACAUCUGCAGGGCAGGAGGCCGCAGCUUUUGCCGUCGACUUACAUCGGGAACUUGAGACUCUGGACCACAACCAGAUGAUGAUGGCCUGUAUCGGGGCCCGAAGAGGUGGGAGUCGCCUGGUGCGGCACACCUCCAAGAAAGGGGUGAAGCUAGACUUCAAAGUCUUUGAGUGCGUGGAGCCAGCACUCAGACAUCUGCAGAGCAUUGAUGCUGCCAAAAAGCUGGGCGGCCACUUGUGGCUGAAUGCUGAUGUCUUUGCGGGGCCCGGGUAUCCGGAGCGAUUUCUCUCACCAAUCGAUGCCAGGAGAUUUGUGCAACUUUGCGCAGAACUCGUCCCCGACGCGGUCCUCUCGCUGAGCUGGGGGAGCUCCAUCUUGUCGGCCAGCAGGCAUUACACGAUGGACAUGGUCAACAGGAUGAUCGAGCUCUGCAUGUCGCCCAUCGUGCCGCGCUCGAUGCUCUCUCCAACUUCCAGAGCCGAGGAUCUGGUUGCGGAGCAGGAGAUUGCUGCCGAGCCCAUCAAGCAGGAGCAG